AUGCCGCCCUGCUGCUUGCCAGCACGCGGGCGCCAGCCGCACCCCUGUGCCGCUGUUCUGACUCUGCAUCCCCCGGCCCACAGACCCCUCAUGGCGCCACAGAGCAGGCCUGGCAGGGCGGCUGCCCCUGGGACCCUGAAGCUUCCAGCGGUGGCCGCGUCAGCCCCUGGGGGACCUGGGGAGCCGCCCAGCUCCACAGGGGACGGUCGCCAGCCCGAGGCCCGCAGGCGGGUGUGGCUCCCACGGCCUGUGACCCCACCACACCUGAGGCCGUGUCUCUCAUGGUGGUGGGGCAGUGCGGCCCACGCGGUACUGGGAGCCAGCCCUGGGCCUGCAGGUGGGACCCAGGGGCCUGCACCUGUCCCCGUCCACCCCACCUGCCGCUGCAGCCAAGACCUUCCCAGGCCCCCCAGAGGAGAGCGGCCCCUGCAGCCCGAGGGGUCUGCUCCAGAGGACGGGAGAGCUGACCUGCCCAGCAGGUGCACAGAGCUAGGGCAGCAGGGCAAGGAACCCCGAUCCGGCCACCCCAAGAAACCUGGGCCCGGGGAGGGAGUUGGUCUAGCCUUCGAGGAGCUGCUGGGUGAGGGGCGUCCCCACGCCCGGCCAGGCCCCAGGCCCCACAUCGGCCUGCAGGACUCUGCAGCCUCCCCCUGGGCACCUGGAGUGCGCCUUCCUGCGGCCUGUCCUCCUGCUGUGUCCACAGCCACCGGCCUGGGGACAGGGCCCAGCCCAGGCUCCGGCCCCUGCCAAGCAGCAGCAGCAGGAGCCAACUGUUUGCCGUGUGUGACAGUGCCCAGGACACCGUGCCACCUGCUGACGGCCUGCCGUAAAGGGGACCAGAGGACUCAGGAAAAAUAAACCCCCCAAAAAAACAACAGCAAAAAGCUGCCCAGGAGCCACCCCAGCUCCCGCUGCCCGGGACGCCUGGUGAGUGCCCGGCAGGCUGCGUGGGGAAGGGCAGAGGCUCUCUUUCUCCAGGGCCACCAGCUCUGUCACUCAGCCGCUGUCCCGGGGCCCAGCCACCCUGCCCCCACGUGCUAUGGAGCCCCAGAGGCCAGCCGACCCCAGCACGGGGGCCACCCUGCCAUCCCGGUGCCCUGAGGCCGUGCCCGGGCUGGGCCCUGGGUGUGCAGGGCACAGACUGCGUCCUGCCUCCCGAGCCCCCCUGAGUGGCUCAGCUCCCAGGGCUCGGGGGGCUGCCGAGGAGCUUCAGCAGGGGCCGAAGCCUGGCCUGUGGGGAGGGUGGGCACAGGCCUGAGGCCUCCUCCCUCUUGGCUCACGGUCCUGGAAGCCGCCAAGGAAGGGUUGGCCUGGGCUCGCCCCCACCCACGAGGGAACGCAGUGGGGCUGCAGAGGGGGCAGGGCCGCGCCCCAGCCAGGCGGGGUCUGGAGCUGAUGACCAGGGGCAUCUCUGAGCCGCCGCUUACCCCACAGGCCUGGGCCCCACCCUGGGCAGGUCACAGUGCUGGAGCCACCCAGGAGGCUGGCAGGGCCCCAAGAGGGGCCUUUGCAUAACAAAUGGCUUCCCAGGAAGGCCACCUGUGCAGCUCCUGCCUCUGUGUGCGGCCCUGCCCGCAGGCCUGCGGGACUGACCGGCUCCCCGUGGCCACACAGCCCCCCCCAAACCUGGUCAUUCUCACCAAGGGCCCUGCCCGCUGGUCGCAGGGAGAGCCCAGCUCUGGGCCAUGAAGUCAGAGUCCGGCCUCACUGGGCCUCGGACUAUCUCCUCACCUGCGCGGUGGGCCCCGCCCGGCCGGCAGAGCUGCUGGAGGCCUUCACUGGCCCAGCCUACGGGUCAGGCAGGGCUGGCGCCCCAGGGCUCCCCGCGUCCCUGCGGGUCAGUGGGGCAGGACACGCCUGCCAGUCCUCCUCUGUCUCCCCUGCGCCCCCAGGGCACCCAGGGCAUAGCCCAUCCUGCAGGCCUGCAGGGGUGGGGCGGGGGGGGGAGCAUUCUGAGAAGACCUCCAGGGUGGAGGGAGCAAGGACAGGGCUGGGGCCACAGGAUCUCUGCCUGCUCACGGGACUGGUGGGCGCAGGGGGCAGGCCGGGUGAGCCCCAGGGGCCUGGGUCAGUCUGGGAGGGGUGUGGCGCUGGCCGAGGGGGACAGUGAAAAAAAAAAAAAAGAUGUCAUCGCUGGUCCCGCACCGCAGUGAAAGGAGCCUGGAGAACAGCGGAGGGGAACGGCGGGGUCCGCGGAGGGCGGCUGCUGCAUCCGGUCAGCAGCAAAGGCCCUGAUGAGGCAGCGCACACCUUCCCCCUGCGCAGGCUCCUACCGCGCACGCAGCCCCAUCACGGCAGCCCGGCGGGUCCGGCGCCUGCUCGGAAACAGAACCCAGGUGCACCUUUGAGUUCCCCGCCUGAGGCUGGGUCCUCCGAAGGUGGGGGAGACACGCGCAAGGAAAUGUCUCUUCAACAAAAGCCAUUUAUUUUAAAGUUUAAAUUGUUAAAUGGAUCAUACGUGCAGCAAGGAGCACAAAACACUUUGUGCCCGUAAGCAGUCGAGAUGACAGACCAGGGCCGGCCAGCCCUGUGGCCAGGCUGCCCCGGAGCCGGGGGGCCCGGGGGGUCUGCCUCAGUCGGCCCAGCUCUCCUUUGCUGGCUCCUUCCAGGCCCGCCCGGGUCCCAGGUCGCGUGGGUUCCAGCGGGAGCUCUCGGGUCGCGGCUGGCAGUGAGCGAGCGGGGCGGCCUCGUCCCCGCUGACCCUCCCGGCCUCUGCUCUCCUUCCUGCUGGCCAGGGCACAGUGAGAAUCCUGGGCUCCUUCUGCAAAAGGCAGGAAAAAGUGACAUUAUAGGCACUAGAAUACGAAGCUUUCUCCUUCCCUAGUCUCUUUCUCAACUUGUCAUGGUGUUUUCUGUUAUUCAGUGUCAUUCUAAGUAAAGAAUAAUUAAAUUCUGAACUCGUUAUCAUGAA